GUUCGACAUCCUACCCCGCAUUCAAAUCAUUCCAGAAUCCCCGCUGAUCUCUGUCAUGCGUCAAUCCCAGAGCUGCGAUGCCUGCCGAGCGCGCAAGGUGAGGUGCGCGAGAGAUAACUCGGACGAUCCACAGUCUUCCUGCAAACACUGUAUCGCGCUUGGAAUUCCGUGUACCUACGAGUACCAGCCAAAGAAGCGAGGUCCACCAAACCUCUAUCUUCGACGUCUGCAAGAAGCGGCAGCUGCAGCUGCAGCUGCUCAACAGGGACAGGACAUUCAGACCCCCGGCAGCGAUGGCACAUCCCCCAUCUCCUCAAGCUUCCUCGAGCAAUCCCUCACCAACAUGUCAUCCAUCUCCCAAGGCUCGAUGACGUCCUCUCGCUACAGCAUGGGCCAGGACAACUACUCGUCCAACUUCCCCUCGCUCACAUUACCCUCCUUUCCCAACUCUGGCAUAGCGUCCGACUCGCGUUCGAUCAAGAGUGGCGACUCGCAAGCCUAUUCCUCGCCGGCUGAUCAAUUCAGCACAUAUCCCCUCCACAACUGGUCUUUCCGGCAGCAAAACCCCGUCAUGCCCUCACCGACCGCUUUCCCACCGCUUUCGUACUUCUACCGUCCUCACAGGCUCGAGGAUAUCGCCCCUCGGGACACGAUCAUGCUCAUCGUCGCUCUCUUCUUCGACUUCGUCUACCCGUUAACGCCGUGCGUCCACAAACCGUCCUACAUGGCCGAUCUGCAUGCACGACGAGAAGAGCGGGACCCGUUGUUCUUUGCCCUUGUAAUGUCCACCGUGGCAUCGACUCUGGUACAGCUCCCUAGGUCGUAUCUGCCCAUGGAACGGCAUGCGGUCCGCAAACUCGCCCAGACGUGCCACGAAGCCAGCAGACAUAUCUCAGUCGCUUCAUACGACCCGCCGGCUUCGAUCCACGUUGUUAUCCGGUACUUUGACUGCUGUUACCAUUUUUGCGAGGGCCACGACGCCACACAGCAUGCAGCUUUCGGCGAGGCCGCUCACAUCGCUGUAACCCUUCGCAUGCACGAGGAGUCGUCGUAUGAGGGACUCGACUACAUCGAGUGCGAGAUCCGUCGGCGCACGUUCUGGUUGCUCUUUGGAGCCGACAAGUCGAUGUCGAUCCUUCUAGGAAGGCCAAUCUGUCUCCGGGACGAAGAUUGCACGGUGCACUUCCCGAAGGAGGUCGAUGACGAGUUCAUCACACCAAGCGCAUACCUCCCACAACCACACGGGAAGACUUCUCUCGUGUGCGGCUUAAAUUACAUUACGCGCAUCUUUGCCCUAUUGGGCGAGAUCCUGGUCCGGAUCCGGGUGGACAAGCGAUCGCCGCCUCAAGGACAGUAUGCCACCGCUCGUCUCGAGGAGGUCCAGUCGCUCCACUCGCGCAUCAUGUCGACGCUGCACCAUGUCCCGGAGCCGUUCAGGCUGAAGAAGACGCACACACAGUCGCAUUUGCCCCCGGAUUAUGGCGGGGCUGGGUUCAGACAGGCGACGUUCGCGGAGGUCAAGGACUUCUUCGAUAAUCCGAAUGCGUCCCGUGCCAACGCCCUCAAUCCCUUUUUGGUCAUGCAGGCGAAUUUGUAUGUUACCCAGCAAUUGGUUCGUUUCGUGAUCGAACAGUAUCGGGACGAGCUUGUGACAUCGAUCCGAGGGAACAUUGAUGACCAGCGGGUCGCUGAUGAUAGGGAGGCGGUCGCGAGUGACCUGCUCAAUAUUCUCCAUAGUAUCCCAAUUCAGUCCAUCGCCACGAAUGGGCCCUCACUGGUCCAUAAGGUCCGGUUCGUCGCUUCCACGCUGCUCGACGCGCUGCGAAAGGCAGAAACUGCACCCGCGUCGGCCGCUCGUGCGCACGCCUUCCUCUGGGACUUCCUUUCGAUCUUAUCGGAAAUCGAGAGGAACUAUCUACUGGACGACGAUAGGGACGGCACGUCGAGUGGGGACGGUAUGCCCAUGGUUGGCGGUAAUUAAGACUGCUUAAACCGGUGACCUCAGAGAUUCGGUUGCGUGGUCUCAGUUCGAUGCUCGCACCGACACGAGUAUUCACGGCCACAUAGACGGCCGAUAUCUCCAUCUCGAUGCUUCACUACUCCCAAGUCGACACAGAUAUGAACGACACGCGCUCUUUGUCAACGCUCACACUCCUUUUGCUGGACACGAGGAUACAUGAUUCUUUCUUACCGUUCACACAACGUCUUCCUCGCCGUAUGUUUGCUAACUAUUUAUGUCUGUCUGAUCUGCGCUUCCCCUCCUCCUCCUUGUGUCCAUAUCCAUAUUUCGUUCUUCGGUCGUUUCGUUUCUUGGGUACGAGUUAGGUCUACGUGUACGAUGAUACUUGAUACCCCCCGUCCCCUUUCCUUUGGUUGUCGCAUUUCGCCCACUCAAUCGGUCCUUAUGCUUGCUUGCUUGCCUUGUUCUUCCCUUGGGAUCGUUCACAUAGUAUUUUUGAUGUUGUUGAUGAUGAUGAUGAUGUCCUUUUCCUUGAGAGAUAUACACCCACUGGUUUUUUUUUUCAAUCUUUGCAUCUAUACUGUCUUUUUACUACCGGAUGGCGGGGUUGAUUAGGUUGUUGAGUAGUAAGUAGGUUCAAGCCAGCUUUCGUCUCGAACUGUAUUACAUAGUUUUAUGUCUGUCUUUUCCCCUUUGCUCGGCUGCUUUCAAGGUUUACCUCCUUCCUUCCUCCCUCCCUGUCCGUCGAAAUGUUAUCGAGUUCUCUUGUUUCCAUAUGUUCCGUCUCUCGUUCCUUUCUCAGAGUCCAGACUGUAUGCUUACUCUCGUCCGUUCAUUUUGAUUUCGUUAUUUAUUGCUGGCACCGAGUUGAGCAGUCAUUCUUCAAGUUUCGCUGAUACUUAUUCAGGUUGGCACAUUUGGCAAC